AUGUCUGUCGAAGAGUUGAAACAAACGGUUGCCAAGUUACAUGAAAGAAUCCAACAAUUGGAGAAAAAAGUUGGUAUUGAUCCCUCAUCAUCGCAACAACCGGAUCUUGCUAAACAGUUGAGGUUGGUCUUGAUUGGAGCUCCUGGUUCGGGAAAAGGAACACAGUCUACUGAUUUAAAAGAAAAGUUUUGUGCUUGCCAUUUGGCUACUGGAGAUAUGUUACGUUCUCAAGUGAAACAGGGUACUCCAUUAGGUCUUGAAGCUAAGAAAAUCAUGGAUCAAGGUGGUUUAGUCAAUGAUGAAAUUAUGGUUGGCAUGAUUAAAUCGGAGUUGGAAAAUAAUAAGCAAUGUAAAAAGGGUUUCAUCUUGGACGGUUUCCCAAGAACUAUUCCACAAGCUGAGAAGUUGGAUUCAAUGUUGAAAGAAAGAAAUACUCCUUUGAAAAAUGCCAUUGAGUUGAAAAUUGAUGAUGAGUUAUUAGUUGAUAGAAUCACUGGUAGAUUGGUCCACCCAGCUUCAGGAAGAUCUUAUCACAAGAUUUUUUCACCACCAAAACAACCAAUGAUCGAUGACAUAACUGGUGAGCCCUUGGUUCAAAGAUCUGAUGAUAAUGAAAAUGCUUUGAAAAAGAGAUUAGUUACUUAUCAUCAACAAACCGAGCCAAUUGUGGAAUACUACAAAAAAACCGGAAUUUGGCAAGGUGUUGAUGCUUCUCAAAAACCAGGCAAAGUUUGGAAUGAUAUUUUGAAAUGUUUAGGUCAAAAAUAA